GAAAAAGCGCUCGACUGCUCGACUGCGGCAGUCCCCGGCGAGCAACCUAACCUCACUAAACGCCGUUGUAAACAAACAGCUUUUUCGCGUUCUGGACGCUUUUGGAUCACCGGAUUGAAGCAAAAAUGUCCGAGAAAAAGGGCGCCGGAGGAACUGGAAAUAACACAGGAGCUGGAGGUGGAGGAGGAGCAGGUGGCGCUGGAGGUGGCGGCGGCGGUGGUGAUAACAAGGAAAAACGCCGGAAGGAAUCGAUUUUGGAUCUGAGCAAAUAUCUGGAGAAAACCAUUCGAGUCAAGUUCGCCGGUGGCCGAGAAGCGGCCGGAGUACUGAAGGGUUACGAUCCGCUCCUGAAUCUGGUGCUCGAUAACACGAUAGAGUUCCUGCGUGAUCCGGACGACUACAAACUGGCAGAUGAUUCCCGGCAUUUGGGGCUGGUAGUGUGCCGCGGUACCUCGGUCGUACUGAUUUGCCCCCAGGACGGCAUGGAAUCGAUACAGAAUCCCUUCAUCGCUCAAGAGGGCUAGACAACGAACACUCCCCGGCCGGUGGACCACUCGCAUCCUUUCGAUUUGCAUUUAUCCCCCCCCUAAAACUGGUCAAAUGAGUGUACAUCUCUCAUCGAUCAGCAGGCAACAGUUUUGCUUUAUUAUCUUUCCUCUUUAUCAUUCACCUUUACUCUACCGAAACAUUCUUUCAAUUUCCAUUCGUUCAAUAGUCUUAACUGCCAGGACCUUUGUGGAUGUCGAACAGGGAGCAAGUUGUAACAAUUCGAUGGACUGAAAGGAAGGAAACAAACGAUAGCUGGGUGCUAUUUCAGUAACGUAAAUGCAGCAUCCUUGAACGGCUUCACUUUUGCUUAACAGAAAACACGAAACAAAUUAACAUAACGACGACACCCGGUU